AGCUGUUCUCAGCCCUGCUGCAUUCUUGCCAAAGACUCCAGCAGCAGCAUGAAGUUGGGAGGCUUCCUCCUCCUUGUGGCCCUGCUCAUGCUCAGCUCGGAGGUGCAGGAGCUGCAGGCUGCAGUGAGACCAGUGAAAUUUCCAGUUGAACAGAGACCCGGAAAGUGUCCAGUGUUGCCAAAAGGGACGAUUGGACUUUGUGCUGAAUUUUGCUCCGGGGAUGACUCCUGUCCCAGCGGACAGAAGUGCUGCAGCAAUGGUUGUGGACACUCUUGCCAGACUGCUGUUCCAGACGAGAAAAACUUCCCUAUCCGUUUGGAUGACUGAUGAACCUUGGCCUCCUUCAGUAAUUGUUCCCACAUGUCACCUUUAUUUGAAGAGUUGGGCUUUUCCAGGAACUCCACCUUUGCCAGGAACCCCAGGAUCAUGGGGUGAGGUUCUAGCAUAACUUGGUUGAAGGGUUGCAUUCUGGCAAUUGUUUAAGGAAUACUGCUGCCAAAGGAUCCUGCUUCUGAAUAAAACGACUUCUCUGGCAUUA